AGAGAAGAUCAAGAAAAGCAGAAGGAAGAACCAGAAAAAAAUGUAGAACACCCUUCCAUUAAGGAAACGGACAAAACCAGCCAUCCAGGACGACGUCCAAGUCGAAGUGCCUUGUCCAGUCGCAAUGAUCGAAGGUCAGCCAAAAGUCCCCAAAAGGCAGAUGUGCCAAAGGAGAGUAAACAUCCCUUUGCCCUCUAUGGGUCGGGAGAAAGACGGACAGAUACUGGAAGCCAGAAAACUCACAAUGUCUGUGCUUCUGCUUCAGUGAAUGAAAUUCAUGAAUCUGCCCUGCGAGCAAAGAACAGGAGACAAGUGGAGAAAAGGAAACUUUCUCAGAGGCGAGUGCGAUCUGCGGAGGCAGAGAAAGCCUGGCGAAUAAAGCCUGCCCCACCAGAUAACCCCUGGAUGACAGAGUACAUGAGAUGCUACUCAGCAAGAGCUCGGUGAAUUCUGAUUUCCUUAAGCAUCUUCAAAAAGUCAAGCAUAUCAGGACACAAACUACUUAUGCAAGGUUUUUACAGGGAGUUUCCAGCUGUUUGUUACAAUAUUUGUAUCUUGGCUACCUACCUCACAGUGGGGUGCAUAGUUGGAGCCAUAAUAUUUGAAGAAUCUUUUGAAUAUAGCUACCCGUGUUUUUAAACAGUUCCCCUUUUGG